AUGGAGUGUCCAAAUCAAACAGCGCCAGCUGCAUUCAUCAUCUCUGGCUUCCCAUUCCCAAAAGAACUGCAGGUUCCUUUGUUGCUCUUCUUCGUACUUAUGUAUAUUCUGACUCUCUGUGGAAAUUCCCUGAUUGUCUGGGUGGUGGCAUCUGACGUUCAUUUGCACAAACCCAUGUACUGGUUCCUAUGCCAUUUGUCCAUCCUAGAUAUGGCUUUCUCCUCCAUUGUUGUUCCCAGAGUGAUUGCAGGAUUCAUUCCUGGUGGGAAAAUCAUCUCUUUUGGAGAAUGUAUGUGUCAGGUGUUCUUUCUGCAUUUCCUUGGAUGUACAGAAAGUCUCCUUUACACUGUGAUGGCUUAUGACCGCUUCAUUGCUAUAUGCAAGCCCCUCCACUACAGCAAUAUCAUGAAUUGGAGAACCUGCCUCAUCCUCUCUUUGGGUACAAUGAUGGGAGGCUGCCUGAACUCAACGUUAGAGACAACCCUCACCUUUCGACUGCCCUAUGGAUGGAGAAACCGUAUUGACUAUGUCUUUUGUGACAUCCCUGCUCUUCUGAAACUGGCUUGUGCAGACACAACUCUCAAUGAGAUGGUGAUCUUGGUGGAUGUCGGCUUGGUAGCCAUGACCUGCUUCAUCCUUAUCCUGACCUCUUAUGUGUAUAUUGUGGCAGCCAUUUUGAGGAUCAGCAGCAGUGAAGGGCGUCGCCGGGCCUUCUCCACUUGCACGGCCCACAUUACUGUGGUGGUUAUAUAUUAUGUGCCAGUUGUUUUCCAUUAUCUCAGGCCUGCCUCUCAGGACUCUAUAGAUGGCGUGGUGAGCAUGUUUUAUACCACCAUAACCCCGUUUCUGAAUCCUGUCAUAUACACACUCAGGAAUAAAGAGAUGAAGACCGCUCUUUCGAAACUGUGGGCUGGGAAUCCUCCUGAGUAA